AUGAAUAGUCAACCAAUAUUAAAAUCACCGUCAUUCCCAUAUGUACCUCAAACAUGGCAACUCAAUACAUUUGAUGAUUACGUAAACUUUCGUAGUUAUCAUCUUAAAUCAAAAUCAAAUAGUUGGUUGUUAAGAUCACUAUCUGCACUCGUCUUAUCGAUAUCUUUAUUUAGUUAUCUAUCAGAAAAAGGAAAUACUCUAGGUGAUUUAUCACAUGUUAUAUUUGUGAUAGCAUCAUUAUUAUUGGGUAUUGGGUCAUCAAUGUUGUAUAGAUAUUAUAAAAGAGUACCAUUGGUUGUUAUGACUGAUGAUCAAAGAGCAUUGUAUAAAUGGCCUGUUAACUUUCCAACUGUUCAACCAAAGGAUUCAUCAUCAUCAUCUUCGCAACAAUCAAUUUUAUCGACACCAACACCAAAUACACCAACUUUAAAGAUGCCAUUAUCACCAAUACGUACACCAAUCUCAACAUCAUCAACAUCUCAGGCAUCUUUAUCAACAUCAACAUCUAAAAAUUCAAAUAACAUGUCAACACCUAUUGGUAGUUUACUAUCUUCGACAAUGUCACCAUUGACUUCAAGUAAACUAUUCUAUACACCUCCAUCAAAGUUUGGUAUGACCCCUGGUGGUAGUGGCGCUACCACUAGUAUCACCUCGCCACUCAGCGGUGGUUCGUCAGCACUCAAUCUCUCACAAAUCGAAGAUAUUGAGACUGAAAAGAUGACAAACAACUUUAACGGUCGUCUCUUUUCUACACUCUCUGAAUUUGAUAGUCCUUUAUCAUCCGAUCCAGAAUUUAUUCAAACUCAAAAAGAAAGACAAGAAAGAGAUAAAGAUAAAAAAAUUUAUGAAAUUGAACAUAUUGCAACACAAUAUUAUGAAGCACCAAUUCAAACUUAUAGAGUACUUCAAAAAUCAAAGAUUACUGAUGAAACCACUCCAAAGGCAACCUAUGAGGAAGUUGUAGCUUUGAAAAAUUCACUUUGGAAGAAUUUGUGCGAAAUUGAACAUUUACAUAAUAUGACAGAAUGUGCAAAUCUAUGUUCAAAAUGGUUUACAGAAAAUAUUAUUAAACCUUUGGCGGGACCUGCCGAAGGAUAUUUAAGUGUAAAGGAUGAACAAUUGCUUUUACAAGAGGAUUUACACAUUUCGACUAAACUUAAAUUUGGAAUGAUACCAAACAAUCUAGACAUUAUGAAAAAUGUUUUGAAAUAUACAACCUAUCAUUUGGAUAAACUCAACGACGUACAUCACAAAAAGGAAAACGAACAUGUUUGUAGAAGAAUUGUAGAAAUGUCAAAAGAGAGUCACGUAUUCCCAAUCUUUGGCACCAAAUCAAACGAUCAAAAUGAUCUUCAACAACCAACCGAUGAACAACUUUUAUUUGCUCUUUUCCUAGCCUACAUGGAUGAAAAGAUUUAUAGAGAUGUUACAGCUUUAAAUCCAGAUUUACCAUUCUCUUCUAAAUUUGUUAAAGAAGAAAAUACAAAAUAUUCAUUUAAAUUUACACCAUUAAUUAAUAUUAGUUAUAAAAGACCACUUCAUUGUGAUCUUUUAGUUCCAAAUCUUGAUUCUCAUAAAUUGUGGGAUAUUUCACCUGGAUUCUAUAAUAUAUUUUAUACUAUAGUUUUAUUCUUUUAUUGUAUUACCAAAUAUAAUAAUGGAUAUAUUGAAAACUUUGAUAUUUCUCAAUUAAAUGUUCAAGUAUUUUUACAUCCAGUCAUAUCAACUUUGGAAGAUAAUAAUAGUAGCAGCGAGGAUGAUGAAUAA